AAACGCAAUGCAUGCGAAAUAAAAAAGCGGCUUAUUUUUUUAAAGCACUGAGAAUUUGUACAGAUGUACUUUCGGUAUAUUGCACUAGCGCAACGAGAAGGUGUACUGGCUUUGCCAGAGCCGAUGUAACAUCAAGAAAUAUUAUAUUUCAAAUAUAUAAACAUACAAACAAUAUUGCCUGCAUACACACACACACAUAGCUUUUGUAAAGGUGAGCGUUGAAAUUGUUCGAAGGAUAAGUUAAUAGAGACAAAAAGUGAAGACAUUAUAAUCUUGUAAGAUGGACCAUUGAUUACCCGACACUACUUCUUCUAAUACCUCAUACCUCGCUAUCAUGGGAAUGGUGGCUCGUCAUGCCAACGCUCAUAUCUUUCAAGGAGGUAUUCCAAUGGGGUAAAGUUGAAAACGUGCAGUCGUCGAAUAGAAAUUACGAAAAGCGGACACAAAAGAGUUAAAAAAGCGAAAAAAAAAAAUAAAAAUAAGAAAAUUAAAUGAAAUAAAUUCAAAUAUAUAUGUGAAAAGAGAAGAGGCAUUUUUAUCACAUAUCUAAUCAUUAAUUAUAUGGAAUUUUUAAUGUUAAGCUUCACAAAUACAACAACAAUAGUAUUAACAAUAGUAACAGCAUGGAUUUCGAUCAAGUUUUAGAAGAAAUCGGUGAAUUCGGACCCUAUCAAAAGACGAACUACUUGCUUAUAUGUUUACCGGUCAUGUUCGCAGCUGCAAACAGUUUAUCGUACGUGUUUACGGCUGGAACACCCGCUUACAGAUGCUUGGUACCUGAGUGUGAUAGCGUUCAAGGUGACUCACAAAAUUACGAAUUACAUCCGAAUUGGUUAGUAAAUGCCACACCGGGUUCCCGAGAUAGCAAUGGCUUUUUUACUCCGGAAUCUUGUUAUCGUUAUCAGGCGAAUAAAACCUUUACGAUAAAUACUGGUACGACAUGUCCAAAAGAGUUAUUCCCUGGAAGCAUAAAGGAACGUUGCUUUCAAUGGGUUUUCGAUCAAAACGAACACACAAUUGUACAAGAGUGGAAUUUGACUUGUAAAGAAAAUGCUUGGAAGUUAGCCUUUGUAGGAACGAUGCAUUUCGCUGGCUUAGUGGUGGGUACAGCUCUAUCUGGUUAUAUGGCGGAUCGAUUUGGGCGUAAACUUAUAUUUGUGAUAUGCAUUAUAUUUAUGGCGGCGACCGGUGUCGCUCAGGGCUUAUCAUGGAAUUACAAAAGUUUUCUAAUAUUUGCUUUCCUAAAUGCCGUUGGCACAUCGGGUGUUUAUCCUUUAGCAUUUAUAAUUGGUGUGGAGAUGGUCGGACCACGUAAACGUGAAAUGUCUUCAAUUGUCCUAAACUAUUUCUAUGCAGUUGGAGAAGCGAUGGUGGGCUUGUGUGCUUGGUUCUUUCACGAUUGGCAAUUGUUGCAAUAUGUUCUCUCGAUACCGCCGUUAUUCUUUAUAGCCUACUAUUGGAUGGUGCCCGAAUCGGUUAGAUGGUUGAUAGCGCGUAAUGAAAAGGAACAAGCUAAAGAGAUAAUACGCAAAGCUGCUCAAGUUAAUGGUAAAGAGUUAUCCGUAAUAUUGUUGGCGAACUUUGAAUCGACCGAAGUCGAGAAUCAAAAAAAGAACAAUUGCCAAGAUCAUCCCAAGCAAAAUUGCGGAAAGGGUUGUGAGCAUAAGAAAACCGAUAAGCAUGAGAUAUGGUUGGCUGUAAAGGAAGUAUUCAGGUCGAAAAUUUUAACUUUGCGCUAUGUUUUAUUAUUGUAUAUAUGGGCCAUUAACGCUGUAGUUUACUACGGCCUGUCAUUGAACUCAACAAGUCUGAGCGGUAAUAAAUAUUUAAAUUUUGCAUUAGUAUGCCUUAUAGAAAUACCAGGUUAUACCCUAGCUUGGAUCUCUUUAAACAAAUUUGGUAGACGUUUGUCACUAUCCGGCUCUAUGCUAUUAUGCGCUAUUACCUGCGUAUUGGGCGGUUACAUAACCCAAGGAACAACUUGGGCUACGGUUUGCUUAUUUUUAGUAGGCAAACUCGGUAUUACCUCUUCAUUUGCCGUUAUAUACGCUUACACCGCGGAAAUGAUGCCUACAAUAAUACGUAGCGGCGGUGUUGGAGUCAUGUCUACAUUUGCACGGUUCGGCGCCAUGUUGGCUCCAUUUGUCCCCAUAUUGGGUAACUAUUAUGAAGCUUUACCGUUGUUAUUAUUUGGUGCGUCUUCCUUAUCGGCCGGUCUUUUAGCGUUACUUUUACCGGAAACAUUUCGAAAGAAAUUACCAGACACUGUGCUCGAAGCAAAACAAUUGGGAAAAAGAAAACCUCAAGCGGAGCUAAGCACAAAAGCAGACAUUCACUAACAAAUUUCUUUGGUGGUGUUGUAACACUUUUGAUUACAUCUUUUUUUUUUUUUUAAGUUUACUAUUUAUAAAUAGUUUAAUAGGUAUUAAGUUUUUUUUUUUGCUUUAAGACAAACAUUAUUAUAAUAUUUUCUACUAAUACUCCAGACUUUUGCUGUCUUAUUUUUUUUUCUUUCUUCGCAUACUUCUUAAUGUAGCGUAAAUGAACCGCUAAUGUAUUGGCAUAAAUUUUCAAAAUUAUUUUGAUUUAUUGAAGCAUCUUUUUUUUUCACUUUGGCAAGUAAUGUAUGUCAUUGAAUAAACCCGCAUUCCAAUCUCGAUUAAAGAAAAACUUAAUGGAAAUUAAUGAUCCGUCUUUUUACGAGCGUAAUAUUUCCUAGUGUUUCUUUCAUUUCAUAGAGAGUUGUAUUAAUUUUGUUUGCAUUUAUU